UACGUCUGCAGAGCAUCGAAGACACUACAACGAAAAUCUUCCCGAUUAAACGCGUGUUCUCCAGCUGCCUUGUUCAACCAGCUAACAUAGUCCAUCUACUGCGUUCUUUGCCUGCUUCUUGAUCUACUAAUCUCUACUCUUCCUUCAACGUUAAUGUUUUCCAGAUCUCUGCUUCUUCGAAUAUAGCCACAACAGUUGAGCUUUUUCUUUUUUUCCACAAUAUUCAGUUGUCGUCUUUCACCUACUUGUUUUAACAGCAAUUCAUUUGUCCGAUGAUCCUUUCACAUUUCAAACGCAUCGAUUAUAUUUUCUUCAAAUUGGUUCAGAGUCCAUGCUUCGCAACCAAAAAUGCCUAUUGGCCAAAUAAGCGCUGCCUGUAACCUUGUUUAUAACUUACUUGGGAUCUUUCUGAAUUGACGGGCACCACUUUUCAUUUAUGUUUUAUGUAGUGUUUUUGGUACCGAAACACUUUCAAACGUCGUAUACUUGUAUAUUUUGUGUUAUAGAACAGAUAAAAUUUUUUGUCGACAACUUGCAAUGACUUGCAAUAUUGAAAUUUUUCUUAAGAAGGCUAAGAGAAAAAAAUGUUUUAUAUGACACAUUCUACCAGUUAUCCCAAGUUUGAAAAUGUUUCGUUAAGAAAACAAAUGGUGCCCGUCAAUUCAGAAAGAUCCCUUGGGACACUUUCGCUGCUCCAGAUGUUAUUAAGCUUUUCCAUAGACGUUCUUGUCUUGGUUAGCCGUGUCCUAAUUUCUUUUUACAUGUGGCUUCACCAGGAAUUUAGACUCCAAGAUAUUUCUUGUUAGUUACUUCUUCAUGGUGCCCAAGAAACAUAUUUUCAUUCAACUAAACCAGUCAUCACCUCAGAUCAGCCAACCCUCGCAACAACUCUAUCAUCUUAAUUAUAACCUGACAUUAUGUUAUCAUUCAGCUCUUUCCUCACCUUUUAAUAAUUUACUACCAUUAAUUAACAGUAACAUUUCAGAGAGAGAGAGAGAAUUAAUUAUAUUGGUGGAUAUUUUAUGCAUUUUGUAUAAAAGAGUUCUAGUUCCGUUUCUACUAUGUGGCUGAGGUACUUAUUGUUUUCCUUCUUGAAUUAGGAUGCGAAGUUAAAUUAUUCCACUUCAUACUGACUGAAACCUUAAUACUUUGCUACAAAUAUCUUCGUAGCACUUAAUAUAUUUCUAGCUUAAUGCUAGCAGCUGUUCAUAGAAGAGGUUUAUAAAUUUACUGAGUUAUUAAUGAUGGUAGAGUUAACUCCCCUGAUAUUGUUUAAGGCUAUCAAAAUAGACUCUUCCACUGAUGUUAUUGUUUACAACACCAGUCAGUCUUCAAACAGUAUAAAAGGUGAAUUUUACUAUAAAAAUACACACUGGCACUUUGAAGUUUUUUUUUUAUUUGAAGGAAGUCAUGGUUUGUCGUGAGCAUUAGAGGUUUUUAAUAAAUCAAUGUCUAUUGAAUUUUUGCACCACUUGUCUGCUUUACUACACCUACAUUUUAAAUUGGGGUUACAUUGUCAUAUUUUCUGGUGACAUUGAGAGAAAAUAUAUUUACAUAUAUACAAAAUUUUGAAGACUACAGAAUGACAUAAUCAUCAAGAAAGCUUGUGACAUUGUUUAUCUAAUUGUGAUUGGAUUACUCGAAAAGAUUUGAUUUAAUUAACAAUUGUUAUGUUGAUUGGAAAUAUACUGGCUGGGUUGUGGUGGUCAUAUUAGAGGAGAUUUGACAUUAUACUACAACUGUUUUUCUGUAGUGUCUAAUAUCUGCUUCUUUUUUGAAAUAUUGGCGCAAAAAGAAAUUAUGGAAGAUAAACUGUGUGGGAGUGAGGUUGAGAGUGAAAACCUCUCCAAGAAUACUCGUGUAUCUCAUAAAAGACUGACAAAUACAGGAAAGAAAUUAAAACUACCUGAUAAGUCUUCUAAAACAUUUAGUAAUAUCAGUGAACAGAAAUUUAUUAACACAAGUUCACUGCGUUAUCGAUGUGAUAUUUGUGGUAAAAAGUUCAUGGUUAAAGGCUUUUUGUCUGUACAUAAACGUAUUCAUACAGGUGAGAAACCAUACCACUGUGAUAUCUGUGGUGAAGCAUUCUCUGAGAGAGGACAAUUAAUUAGUCAUAAAAGCGUUCACACAGGUGAGAAACGACUCCAUUGUGAUAUCUGUGGUAAAGCAUUUUCAAUAAGUUAUCAGCUAAAUCUUCACAAACGUGUUCACACAGAUGAGAAACCAUACCACUGUGAGUUUUGUGGUAAAUCCUUCUCACAGAAAGAUGGUAUGCUUAUACAUGAACGUAUGCAUACUGGUGAAAGACCAUACUGUUGUGAUAUCUGUGGUAAAACAUUCUCUUGCAAAGGCACUAUGCAUAAGCAUAAGCGUAUUCAUAGUGGUGAGAAACCCUACCAUUGUGAUAUCUGUGGUAGAGCAUUUUUACACAAAUGUAGUAUGCUUGAUCAUAAACGUAUUCAUACUGGUGAAAAACCUUACCACUGUGAUAUCUGUGGUAAAGAUUUUGCUCAUAGUUGUAGCUUAACUAAUCACAUACGUGUUCAUACUGGUGAAAAACCCUUCCAUUGUGAUAUUUGUGAUAAGACUUUUACUCAAAGUGGUAGUUUAACUUCCCAUAAGCGUGUUCACAUGAAUGAGUAACCACAAACUGAAAUGGAAUUUCAAAUCACAAACAAAUACAUUCAAAUUCUCAGAAGUUGUAGCUCUGAGUAAAGUAUGGAUCGCUGAAUGAAGAGCAUAGCACAUACCAAGUGGCAAUGUCAGUUUGUAUUCUUUUCUCAACUAAAUACAUCUAGCUGAAAUAGGUUCUGCUGUGUAGGAAUAACUGAUUGUGAUGUCAACAGUUUAUAUUCUUCUCAACCCAGUGUACCAUGCUGUAAUAUGUACUGCAGUUUAGGAACAACUUGCCUCUGCAUGCAGUAGCAGCAAUGUUCAAGUGAUGAAUAAUCUCUUUACUUGCAUUGUUGAAUUUGAUUUUCCUUCUAUAGGAAAAACUACCUGUAACAAGCCAUUUUCAUAUCCAAAGUGAGAUUUGACUCUAUAUAAACUGAUGAUAGAUAUGAAGCUAUAUUAAUCGUUGUGAUUCAGAAGAAAGUUUAUCACAGUGAAAUUUGUGGUGAAGCAUUCUGUCAGUGUCGAAUUUCAUUUCAUCAUAUACAUCUUCAUAUUUUGAGGUAACCAUAGCAUUGAGAUAUAAUCUGUUUUAAACCUUGCCUGAUAAAUAUUUUGGCUGAUCACAAACACUGGAAAUAAGCUGUAAAACUACUACAGUCGUCAGAGAUGCUACCGGUAUCUCUUCACUUCUUUAUAAUCUCUUUAUCUCUUUUGUUUCGUUUGAUGUAGACAAAUGUGCCUAUUGUUUUCUUCAAAAUUUCAAAAUUGCAGCUAACAUGAUUGGUCUAAAAUAUAUACUAGAGUACAUAUUAAACUAUCAAUAAAUUGAAUUCAUCUUGCAUUGAUUGUGCACAUUGUAUACAUGAGACCAUAUCAAGACUAUUUAAUUAUCUGUGAAUAGAUCUACUGAUGAACCAAAGGCAGCGUUAUCUCAGUAUACUCUUCUACACAAGCAAAGAUGGCACUGCAAACAGUUUAUUAUGUUCUUCAACCUGACUGAAAUAUUUAACCAGGCAUUUGGUAAUUUGGGUUGUAAAACUUUGGUUUACCUUGAACUUAAAAAAUUUGAGGGAUUUCAACUCUAAUAAACAAUAAAACAAACACAGCUCACUUCUACAGUUCACACUGA